AUGAUGCUGGAACAGGCACAGAUGAAAAUGACUCGAAUAAACUGAACGGAGGUACACAGACAGCAUAUGAGAAUGAGGAAUCGCCUACAUACGAAAAUCCAGCUUUCGAACCCGAUAUCGAGACACAUUUGGACGAGGAUUUGACGAAAAAGAAUGGUUCUGCAAAAACAAAGCAUGGUCAUGAUGACGAUUCUUAUGAACAUAUUCAAGCUCCAGCUGCGAAGACCAACGGUGACGCCAUGGUGGUCGAACAGGAGAACGAAAAGGACAAUGACAACACCGAGGACGACGAUGAUAACUUACAGUAUAGAGCUUGGAAGGCAAUCUACCAUUACACAGAUGGUAUAACACACACAUACAGUGAUAACAAAACCACGGUAAAGCUGUCGAUGCUCGUCGUCCUCCUCCUCGGCUACGCGGCCUACCUCAUCUACGCCUGCAUCCACGAUUUCGAUGAGGCUUUCGUCAUCCUAAUCAUCACAGGCCUCGUCGUGUUCGUCUACGGGUACAUCCUGGUCAGGGACACCGUCGGAGAUCGGAUAUACGAGAAGGCUAUGAUGCCGAUAGGAAAACAGAUUGAAAAGUCUUGGAUUUACAUAAAGUGGUAAGGGUCAGGGGAAACAUUUCAAUAAUUUGUAAUUUUAGUGAGUUUUUUGGGGGGAGAGGAUAUUCUGAUAACUACUGUAUUCACAUGACUACAGUUUCGUAUGGUUGUUAUAUAAUCUCGAUAUUUUUAGGCCUAAUAGUAAUAGUAGGCCCUAUAUCCCCUUUUUUCACUAGUUGCAUUGACGCCCACUGGCGACAAUGCAUUGUUCUUGUUCCGUAUUCCUAUUCCGUCGUCUUCUUCUUCUUUGCAUUGACGCCCACUGGCGACAAUGCAUUGUUCUUGUUCCGUAUUCCUAUUCCGUCGUCUUCUUCUUUGCAUUGACGCCCACUGGCGACAAUGCAUUGUUCUUGUUCCGUAUUCCUAUUCCGUCGUCUUCUUCUUUGCAUUGACGCCCAAUGGCGACAAUGCAUUGUUCUUGUUCCGUAUUCCUAUUCCGUCGUCUUCUUCUUCUUCCACAAAAUCCCAUUUGUUUAACACAUGGUUUUUGUUAGCUCUACCCUGGCUCCGUCCCUUAUCCAAAUUCAUCCAAACUUUGUAGACAUGUUGUCCAGCAUCCCUAGUUGUGCACCUCGUCUUCCAUUUUCCAAAAUCACUCAUGCAUGACCAAUAAGGCGCCAUUUUGUAAAUUUCAAGUCCAUUUGCAUACCAUUACGUAUCUCGUCUUAACUCCCGCAUCCUGCAUGCUACAGACUUCUAACAAAUUGCUAUAGACAGUCAAAGAGUUGCUUCAUCAUUUGCGACGUAUAACCUGACCUUCAAAAUGCCAUCUUCAUGCCCUAAAUUCAAAUCCGAAAUAGCCUUCCUUCAAAAACUUCAUAUUUAUUGAAACGUAAAGUCAAAUAAUCGUAAAAUGGCCAUAACUUUCUUGUUUUUAUUCAAUUCGAGCUCAUAUGAUUAGGAAUUGAUACUGGCAAAAUAUCAUACAAACGAGUCAGUUUUCACGCAUCAUUGACCUUUCGUUACUGAAAUAGCGCCCUCUAAAGUUUCAAAAACGCUUACCUUUGAAUGCUCCUCAUUGUGUCAUGCAUGGCCAAACCCGUACCCUUUUUUAGAUUUAGGGUGUUCAAGAAAUGCCCUUUCAUGCCAUUUAGAAAAAUAUAUACCUUACCGCUGACGAAAUAUCUGAAAAAUGCUCCCGAAAAUCAGCAAAAUACGCAAAAAUGCACUAUAAUGCCAGCACAACUUCAACUUGCUCUUAUUUCCUUAUUAUUGAAGUUUAUCCUUUCUAACUUGGCAGAUAUGAGUAUUGAUAUAUACUUUAACCGUUCGUCAACCUUUUGUGACAGAAACUGACAUAGAGCUGACGUCAGCUUAAAAUUAUUGUGCAGAACUGUCAUUUUUAAUGUCUUUCUUUAUAUGGCAUUUACUUCCGGUCUAUUGCUUGCGCACAAAUAAAAGUGGUAUCAAUGUCACCGCAUUGGAAUGCUCUAUCCAGUGAUACCAAAUACGACAUAGGUUACAACAGAAAAUUUCAAGAUAAGCCAAUCUGAACACAUGGUAUACUACUCACAAUGCACACAUUAUCAAUAAUAGAAUUGUAUACAAUGUCUAUGGCAUAACGUAUUAUGCAUGAUCAUCGUUCUGAUACGUACUUUACACUGAGUUACGUUAAUGAACUGUCAGGGAAACUUAUAUGCUUGUUCAUAUCACUCUCAGCGGCCAUAUGGUCUAAAAAUGGACGAAAUCUGUUUGACUCGAGAAUGUAACUUCCUAUGGAGGGCAAAAUGUACCAAAAUCCACUUUGAUUAACAUGUAAUUUGUGUUAGUCCUCCCGUGCCUCCGCUCCUCAUCCAAAUUCAUUCCGAUUUGGUAAACAUGAUGUCCAUGAUGCAUUAUUGUGUACCUCUUAUUUCAUUUUCAAAAAUCAUUCAUGCAUGACAGUGCAUGCGCCAUUUUGAGUGAGUGACAUCAUCAUCUCUCUCAUUUGGAUGUAACUGGCUCGUUAAUAUAUAACUAUUUUGUUAAAAAUAAGCGAAACUUUGAAAUGUCAUAACUUUCUUAUUUUACAUCCGAUUUUGAUGGAAUUUUCAGCAUUGCGCUUGUCUGAUUUUUCCCUAUUGAUUUAAAUCAACAUAUUUCUGAGGUAGACUUGACCUUUCAAUCAGACGCGUCAAUGCAUGCACAUCGUUCUGAAACGAUUGCAGUUCUAGUCUUCUUUGCAUUGACGCCCAACGGCGACAAUGCAUUGUUCUUGUUCCGUAUUCCUAUUCCGUCGUCUUCUUCUUCUUCUUCUUCUUCUUCUUCUUCCACAAAAUCCCAUUUGUUUAACACAUGGUGUUUGUUAGCUCUGCCCUGGCUCCGUCCCUCAUCCAAAUUCAUCCAAACUUGGUAGACAUGUUGUCCAGCAUCCUUAGUUGUGCCCUUCGUCUUCCUUUUUUCAAAAUCACUCAUGCAUGACCAUCUAGGCGCCAUUUUGUAAAUUUCAAGUCCAUUUGCAUACCAUUACUAAUCUCGUCCUAACUCCCGCAUCCUGCAUUCUACAGACUUCUAACAAAUUGCUAUAGAUAGUCAAAGAGUUGCCCCAUCAUUUGCGACGCAUAACUUGACCUUCAAAAUGCAAUCUUCAUGCCCUAAAUUCAAAUCCGAAAUAGCCUUCCUUCAAAAACGUCAUAUUUAUUGAAAUGUAAAGUAAAAAAAUCGUAAAAUGGCCAUAACUUUCUUGUUUUUAUUCAUUUCGAGCUCAUAUUUUAAGGAAUUGAUACUGGUACCAUAUCAUACAUAGGAAUUAGUUUUCACGCAUCACUGAAUUUCCGUUACUGAAAUAGCGCCCUCUAAAGUUUCAAAAACGCUUAUCUUUGAAUGCUCCUCAUUGCGUCAUGCAUGGCCAAACCCGUACCCUUUUUUAGAUUUAGGGUGUUCAAGAUAUGCCCUUUCAUGCCAUUUAG